CGCGCCGGAACGCUGCGGAGGGAACUGACGCGCCGCGCUCGGUGUGUGGCGGGGGCCGUCGGCGCUCGGAUCCCGGAUGUUAAUUAUUUAAGUCUCAUGUCCAGCACCUUGGCUAUCCCAGCAAAUGGUCUCCUGUCCCCAAAGACUCAGAAGUCCCACAGCAAAGCUUGCAGACUUGCUCUGCUCCCAGCUGCAUGGACCUUGAACUUGAACAAUGCCUCCAGGCAGGUGGAACUUUGUUCAUCCAGUGCGGGCCCAGGCACCAAGGGGACGGGGGCGCCUCUCGAAGAUAAAGAAGGAGGAAGAAGAAGAUGAAGGCUAUACUUUGGGGGAGACCGCCAGGCCACAGACACUCAACCAUGCUGGCCAGGAGCUGUUCCGCCAGCUGUUCCGCCAGCUGCGCUACCACGAAUCUUCUGGGCCCCUGGAAACGCUGAGCCGCCUCCGAGAGCUCUGCCGCUGGUGGAUGCGGCCUGAUGUUCUGUCCAAGGCACAGAUGCUGGAGCUGCUGGUAUUGGAGCAGUUCCUGAGCAUCCUGCCCGGAGAACUCCGGGCCUGGGUGCAGCUCCACAGCCCCGUGAGCGGCCAGGAAGCGGUAGCUCUGCUGGAGGAGUUACCGCGAGACUUUGAUGGGACAUCCCAGAUGGAUCCUAGCCCUGUCAGCCAAGCUGUGCAUUGGUUGGGCACCGGAGCCCUGCAAUCUCCACAGAUACAGCCCGAAGCUUCAUCUCUCGGCAAUAGCUCCGCUCCUUGGGAUCACUUGGAGCCUCCCAGUGAAAUAGGAGUACAUGACUUCCUGUCUAGGCAAUCUGAUACUCCUAGUGUCCAGGUGUCUGACCCUUCCCAGAAAGAGGAAAGCCCAGGAGACCAGGAGGCGUUGACCUUCAAGGACGUGGAGGUGAUUUUCUCCCAGGAUGAAUGGGGAUGCCUGAACUCUGCUCAGAGAAACCUCUACCAGGAUGUGAUGCUGGAGAAUUAUGGGACCCUGGCCUCUCUGGUGGGCUCAUUUUCCAAACCUGCUCUGAUCUCCUGGUUAGAGACAAGAGAGCCAUGGGGUCUGAACAUCUACACAGUUCAGCCUGAGGGAGAGACUGAUACUGCCUGCCCUGAAGGAGGUGAGCUCCAGCCUCAAACCAGCCAAAUCCAGAGCUUUCUAGGACACAUGAAAUCAGAUGUACCAUCUGAACAUCCUCUAACAGAUAUCCAGGAGGAAACAGGACUCAGAGACUCUGUUGAACAGGAGAACAACGAUGUACACCUGCCCUGUGGAAACCCUAUCCAAGUGAGAGUGAAGACGGAAGAGACUACCUUUAGUCCUGGAAUUGGAGAUGAGUCCCAAGGAUCGGAACAAAGUAAUACCUUUAACCUAAAGCCCAGUACUUGUUCGAAAACUUCCAGAAAAAAACGAGCUCUCAAACAUGGCCGUGGCCGGCCAUUCAGAAAAAACUCACACCCUUACGAUUACAAGAAAUACGGGAAGGGGCUCAGACAUGCGCAGAGAGCGCUGAGCUUGCACCCAAGAAUUCCCAUCGACACGAAGGAGAAUGAAAAGGACACCUGUGGGAAAAGCUUCAGCCUGCCCUCCCCUCCUCCCCAGGAGCCCACUCCUGAUAACCCCGGGAUGCUGAACACAUCCACUGACUGUGGGACCCCAUUUCAUCCCAGCCCCCACCUCCUAUUUCACCCAAGACUGCCGACUCCAGAGAAAAUCUUUAAGUGUCGGGUGUGUGAGAAAGCCUUCAAGUGGAACUCCAACUGUCUGCGCCACGAGAAGAUCCACACGGGUGUGAAACCUUACAAGUGCAGUAUCUGUGAGAAAGCUUUCCAGCGGUUGUCCGCCUACCGCCUGCACCAGCACACCCAUGCGAAACAGAUGUGCACGCCGCCACCGCCGCCGCCGCUGUACGAAGACGCAGGGCUGGGUUAUCACGUGAGGGAACAGAAUGGGGAGAAGUACUUAGACUGCAGCCACUGUGGGAAAUCCUUCCACUGCAAAUCCUACGUUCUCGAACACCAGCGGAUCCACACCAAGGAGAAGCCGUACAGAUGUGGCAGCUGCCGGAAAAGCUUCCGCUGGAGGUCCAACUUCAAUCGUCACGUGAGACAACACCGGGAACAAGAAGAAGGCCGUCAGCACAAGUACGCCAGCCAGGACCCCCCCACGGAGGAGAAAACGUUCCAUCGCCCACCCCCCAAGAACACUUUUAACCCAAAGAAAAAACUCCUGGAGCACCAAAUAGUUCACAGCCGUGACAAGCUUUACCAGUGUAACGAAUGUGGCCAAGGCUUUGCCUUUCGAUCUGCAUUUAUUGUUCAUAAGAAGAAUCACGCCAUUCAAAGGAAAACAGAAGGUCAGAGGUUAUCAUUGGGUCAGGAGACCGCGUGUGCUGCCCCACACAGCCGUGGGAACGCAGAGGAAAAACCCUACAAAUGUAGCCAGUGUGACAAAGUCUUUCGUCAUCAUUCAUUCCUUCUCAUCCACCAGCGAGUUCACACCCGGGAGAAACCGUAUCAGUGUAAGGAGUGUGGAAAGGCAUUCCGAUGGACUUCCAAUCUCUACCGACACCAGAGGCAGCAUUCAGUCAGCCUCCACUACAAAUACCGCCGCGCCCCUAAGGAGGCCCCAAGCCCACAGCCCGACAGCCCCAGUGAUGGGAAACACUUUUGGUGUCAAGAAUGCGGGAAAACCUUUACCCGCAAGCGAAGCCUGGUAGAUCACAUGGGCAUCCACAGUGGGGAGAAGCGAUAUAAGUGCAAUUUGUGCGGCAAGUCUUACGAUCGGAAUUACCGCCUCGUGAACCACCAGAGAAUCCACGCAACCGACAGGCCGUUCAUGAGUCAGUGGUGUGGGAAAGAGUUCAGAGACUUGCACACCUUCUCUCUCCACCCGAAAGCACACACCAGGGUGGCACAGACCAAACGCACUCGACCUACUGUGACAGACCUGGAUGCUCAAGUCCAGGAAUUCAAAGCAGGUGGAACCAAAUCUCUUGAAAGCUCUGAGGGCCCUUCCACUCAGGACUCUGUAGUCCCCGAACUCCCAAACAGACCCACUGAGAAAAAGGGUCACAAAUGUAACCUCUGUGGCAAGGCCUUCUGCAAGAACUCGCUACUCCUGAGCCACAAGAGAUUUCACACGCGAGAGAGGCCCUUCAAGUGCGCAGUGUGUGGAAAGACUUUUAGGUGGUCCUCAAAUUUGGCUCGACAUAUGAAAAACCAUAUUUAAGAUUUAGCCAUGGGCUGGAAAGGUGGCUCAGUGGUAGAGUGCUUGCCUAGCAAAGCAUGAAGCCCUGGGUUCGAUUCCU